AGUAGUUGAAGAUUUAUUUGCUCAGAAGAUUCGGUAAGUUUUUACGGAAACACUAUAGCAGUAUGUAAUAUGGUUGAUAUACAUAUGUAUAUAGCUAUAUAAUUCUGAGAUAUAAUUUCGCUUAUUUUUUCGUGGAGAGCAGUAUUGAUCGUUUGGAAUUGCUUAUUGGUCCAGGAUACACCUCAACGUUUUAUUUCUGUACAUAUAAAAGACGUCAUUUCCACGCAUCUUUCUUACUCUAUAACACUCAAUUUUUUUGCCAUGUUUCUUUAGCUUAUUAUUUAUUCUGUUCAACAAUUAUUAAAAAGGUUUAAAAUUAAAUUUCAGUUAUCGAUGCCACAGCUACCAGUCGAAGGUUAACAUAAGCUAGAAUAAAAAUAUUGAAAUAGAUUUCUAUUUUCUUAAUUGAUUUCGGUCAUUUCAAAUGUCGCAUUUAGGUCAAGGGUUGAAGAGUUCAAGGGAGAUCCCUUCGUUCUGUUGACCUAUUUUUCCCCUUCGUUUCGGUGCGGCUACUGUCGACCCUAGACAACUUCUAAGCCGGGGACUCUAUAACUUGCCCUAAUUCCUCUAGGUCGUAACAUAUGCCUGAGUGUCCUUGAAUCAGUACACAUUUCACACUUUGACAUUAGAUAUCUUACGUGGUUUCGACACUAAUGGUCCCGCCACUAAUCAUAGAUAUAUUAGCGCAAGAUUUAAGGCCAGUAACCCUAGGAGUCGAUUGAAUGUAAAUUUUUGUUCCAUUUUUGGCGAAACAAUUGAUUUGUAUCUAUAUGAGAAUCAAUGUAAUCGUCGACCUGCCGUAUUAGAAAUCAAGACGCAUGAAACUUCUUUGUUGUGUCGUUUGAAAAAUAUUAGACAGGUCAGUCAGAAGGCAAUGCAAGGAAUUCUAUUUCUACGUGUUCUUGGUCUUCCUGAAAUCGCUGGAAUUUAUAUGGGUCAUUGACACGUCGAGGAGGAAACGAAGAACUUCCUUUACUUUAUUCUGUUAAGUCUCAUGUUUGCCAGAAAAAUGGAGUCUGCUGGUACUCCUGUGGAACUUAAUGAAUGUUCUUCUGUUACUUUUUAGAUCAUAAAUCAAGGGCGAGGGGAAGGUGAAAUUGUUUAUCGGACUGUAGCAAAAGGGCAGAGAUGGCCGGCGUCUGCGCGUCGCGACGCGUGCUAUGUAUAGCCAAUGAUACCGCUGGUGCCCGGAGCACCGGUUCCUUCUUGCGAAUUAUAUGUUCAUUGCAAGCCUGGUCAUCGGCCAAGGCGCACCGUGUUAUGUUUGCACAUCGAGGGGUGAAGUAUUGUACGAUAAAACGACAUUUUCAAAAAAGUUUAAAAGUGGAUGAAUGUCCUUUAUUUCCAUCGUCUUGUCAAGUAAUUUACACGAGGGGGCCGGUUCCUUGAAACGCGUAAAAGUGAAUGAAUAAUCAUCUAUUUAUUAUUGUAAAUAAUUAAAAACGAGUUGAUUAAAGGGGCAUAUUGAUGAUUGGGCCAUGUAGUUCAGUGUAGAAUCAGUGAUGUAAUGGAAUGAUGCGAAUUUCGAAGGUGUAAAGUUUGAAGUGGAUGUUUCUUAUUGUGUCUUCAAGAAGCAUUUUUUGAGAUUCGAUAAGGGUGUGCACGUCAUAGCUGUUUAUAAGAGAAGACGUCAUCUCCCGAGAUUACCACAGUAAGAAGUAGCUGCUUCUAUAUGUUUGCUAGUCGCACUUGGUGUGUUUGAUCGUCAAACAACUUCUUAAAGUGUGUUGUGGGUUGCCAGCGAAUGGAUCGUUUCCCUUGCGUUCGCGUUCUGCAGUCACUUGGUGAACAUGCGUUUGCUUGCUUUCGCUGAUAAACGAUCGGCUGGAGAAGUUGGAAUGAGAGGUAACAGCUCACGAUGCGCUCGCAUCGAAUCUGAAAAAUUGCGGCAGAGGACUCGGCAGGGUGCGCGGAAUCGAGUUUACUCGAAAACCAUAAUCUUUCCUAUGUUCCUGCGACACCGUUCGAAGGAAAUUGGAAUACUUGAAAAUUCAUCACAAGACAUGUCUCAAGUUCCUCUUAUCACAAACACGGAAACCGGUACAACAGAAUCCUCAUCCUCCAAUAUGGUGAUACUCGAGGCCGGUCCACCUGGUGAUACCUGGAGGUACUGCGUAGAAAGGGAACGACUUGCCGAAAAGUCCGAAUUGUUCCGUGCGAUGCUCGUUGGCCCCCUUGCACCUGCCCCAAGUGAUCCUCCGCCUCUCCUUCAGCUGCAACACGUGGAAAAACGUGCUUUCGAUCAUGUGCUCAGAAUAAAAAAAUGUCCAUCAAAAGUGUGGUUAAAAAUUCGAGUUCAACGAUACAGAUUAUCAGGCAAUUGUCUUCAGCCGUGUCGUUUCCUGUGCAGAUAUCUUCUCGACAAACCGAUAAACUUUCAAUCCGUGUCGACGGCUAGAGCUACCCUCGACGCGGCUCAUCAGUACCUUAAUCCGGACUUGGCACGCCUUGCCGUUGAGUAUCUCGAAAGUAAUUUGAACUCGAACACCGUGCUCGAAAUCUAUCAGGGUAUCAGCCUCUACGCGAACCAUGUAACUUCCGGUCUCAAUCAGACGUCCACGUUUGGCUCACCGACCGCACCUCCCACUCCUGGUGACGACGCUGGUGAAAUAGCUGCAGUGUGUACGCGACUUCUUCUAACUUGCCUGGAGGUAAUCGACUCGGACCCAGAGGCGGUUUUCAAUCAAGAACGUUUCGAAGAGUUGACCGCCGUUGAAGUUGAGCAAUUAGCAUGCCGAGACACCCUGAGGUUGACAAACGAAUCGACCCUUUUCUACGCAUUGGACAGAUGGGCUGCGUCCGAGUGCAGAAAACAGGGGGUGGAAUUAUCAUCCAACAAUAAAAGAACCGCACUGUCCGAUGAAGUCUGGUACAGUGUUCGGUACCCUCUUAUGAGCGACAGGGAGUUCAUCGAGGGUCCAAUGGCAAGCGGUAUUCUGACCAGCGAAGAAUGCGCCUUCAUUGUCACCAAAAUUUUGGGACAUACUGAAAAUCCAGAGGAAGAGGUACGUCUGCUCCUUCGAAAUUCGGUCAGCGGUCCACUGUCCAGGCUAUCGAGCACCCCAAGGAUCGGUGUUAGAACUUACAAGGAUCAAAGUUGCAAAAUGUCAAAACCUGGAAAAAAGGAGUGCCAGGAUAAUCGAAAGAAUAGAAGAAAGGAGUGCGCAAACCAGGGACAAAGGACUUGUGCCAGAAUAGGUAACUGUCUGGUACGAGUUCUUGCCUGUAUUUUCGAUUGAACGACUUUCAAAGAAACGAAGAAACAUCGAAGAAAUUUACAGAUUGUUGAAUCUCCCACUGAGAAUGAACAUUUUUCUAAUACUUUCCUGAGUCUCUGCAGUUACUAUUGUACGUAAAAGUUUUAUGCUUAUUUGAAUUUUUCAAAGUCCACCGUGGGUUCCUGAAACCACAAAAUUCCUAUAUCUAACAGAGUAGAUCUACGUAGAAGCUAUGGUUCGUCUCACAGAGCAUAGAUCUACGACUUUCGGUACCAUCGUUUUAAAUACUAAAAUUCGUACACAUCGCUGGUAUAUCAUUGAGAAUUCUUUUUAGACAGGUUUCUUUUAUUUAUUUUUUUGCGAAUAAUCGACGAACGAAAGAGCUGAAAGAGGCUGAAAUUUUAAUCUUUAUAAUGAUUUUUUUUCUCUACCUCAAUGAGUUUUCAGAAAUAAUGUUCCUCCUCGUUGUUGGCGUAACUUGGACCUUCUUCUGGGGCGAGCCAGGUUUUUUAGAAAUUUAGAAAUUUGAAAAUUUUGGUAUUCUGAAGUUUUGAAAUUUUGGGAUCCUAAGUUUUAGAAUUGUGAAGGUCCAGAUUUUUAGGGGGGCCAAGCCCACCCUGGCCCCUGCCUCGUUACCCCAAUGCCCCUCGCGUAAUAAUUUCUUAAGAGAGAAGAAAGGCUUUUAAACGAUUCAAAGGUGUUUACGUUCUACGAAAAUAAUUCUAUUACUUUUCUUUUAUGUCAGACUUUUCCUAUAUGUAAAAAUAUUUUCAAUAUUUUGCGACAAAGCCAAAGAAGAGAUUUACUUAGAACCACUGAACACGAUAGAAAUAUUUUUAUAACUGCGUUUUUAAAAUCGAGAAUCAUUAAUUUUGAAAGAAUCUAUGGAAUAUAUUUUAAAAUAUGUAUAUAUCAUUUAUAGGAUCAAAUGAUACAAUCACGUAUUUGAAUAUGAUUGUCUUUAUAAUUAGACUUCCUUCGUUAUUCUAAAUUCUAAAUUUUAAUGCUUUUUGCGUAUAAGUCUCCAGAAACUGUUCAUAGUUUUUAUAUCUUAUGUAACGAUCGAAGACUGAAAAUUCUAAAUGAAAUGAAGCUACGAAUUAUUCGCAGAGGCGAGUUUAAGUUUUUACCCUCCAAGUUAUCAUAAUCUUUAAUUAAAAAAGAGAGAGGGGAAUAGGGAAUAAUGAGUAAUUAAAAUAUUAAAUUUUGGAGUAAUUUCUAGACGUAUUUUUAAAAAUUUAUUCAUGCCAAUUUUAAAAAAUUAAAUACUUAAAUUCGCCUCUCAUUAUUCGUGAGGAUAUCAGUGAAUAUAUUUAGAAUUUUCAGUUUUUUAGUGCCACUAUUAUCGUUAAUUGAGGCAUAGUCGCUACGUUUGUUGUGUUCAUAAUUGCUGUUCAGAGUAUAUAGCGUUUAAAUGAUGAGUUAUAGAGUGAAACCAUGGCUGGUCCGUGUGAAUGUGUGAUGUACAACACAGACAUGAUUUUUUACAAAACUUUUCUACUGCUACUUCAUACUAUAUGCGAAUCACUAAUGUCUGCCUAUGUGAUUCAAAUACUUUCAUGCUUCUUUGAUGGUUAUCAUUGGCAUAAAUAUGAUCUUUUUGAGAUGUUAACAUCGAAUUAUAUCAACACAAAUAUUUUACGAAAAAUCAUGUUAUAGGAGCGAAGCCUAUCGUUUUUGCGUUGAUAUUCCUAAUCUUUUAACUUGUACCUCUCGCCAUAUUUUGAAUGGUUGUGUAGGGAUGUGCUGUCGUUAUCAUUUAUGUGUUAGACAUUAAAUAUCGUGUUGCUAUUUGAUCGAUUAAAUUUUAUUCGUUGCAACGUUGUGCUCUAAUUUCGUUCAGAUUGAAUGUUACCUUAAUAUGAGCGUCACUGAGUCUAUUAUGUGUUACUGAUUAUUUAUAAAUUGAUAGAUUAUUGCAACAUAAUUAUGUAUUCAAAUUGAUUAUUAUGAGACGAUUAAAAGUAAGAAAGUUCAUUUUAAAACGAAACAGUUUCUUUGUACAUGCGUGUCGUAAAUCUGUUAAUUCGUUUUAUAUUUUUCAUAACAGAAUAAUCUUUCUGUAUUAAGCCAAAAAAUAUUGAAAAAUAAAUGCUACGUUUUAUGUA